AUGUCUUAUGAUCGAGUCCUUCCCAACCCGGUCUCGUUUCGCCAUGAGACUGCUCCAUUACCUUCGCUGCCCAGACCCAGCGAUCUGAUUGAUCACAAGAUCAUGAGUGCCCCCCCGGCAACAUCUUACAUGGCCUUACCCCAUCGCCCCAGUCCCGGCAUGGCCGGGAACAUCCACGCCACUUCACCCCAAGGCGUACGGUAUACAUCGACUAUGCAUCAGCCCAACAACAUCUCCCAGACACAUCAGCAUCUGGUCUCGUACGACCGACGACACAGUCUCGCCAAAAUUGACCGUGAUGGUGGCCAAUCUCCCGUUCAGCGCACCGUAAAGCCCAGUCCAACCAUCACGACGAGAGAUCUGGGGACCACUCGCAGUGUUUCGCCCUCGGGAAGCUCGAGCCCGGCGAAAUCGGUCAAGAGUGAUGGGCUGCAAUUCUGUCUGUGUCAACCAGAGCCCAAGAUUCCACGACCUCGAAAUGCCCACAACCCUGGCAUGGCCAACCCGGAAAUUUCCAAGGUCAUCGGGGAGCAGUGGAGAAGUUUGUCCGAGGGCGAAAAGAGCAAGUGGAAAGCGUUGGCCGAGGAAGAGAAAAUUCGCCAUGCCCAGCAGUACCCUGCAUAUCGCUAUCAGCCACGACGGCUUGGUCGUGAUGGCUCGGCUCGUAACCUAGCUUCGGGAAUCAGUCACAACCCUACAGGCGGAUCAACCUGUAAUCGCUGCGGGGGCCGCAUCAUGAAUGCCCCUGCCUCGCCCAUGACCCCAUUCACUCCGAUUGGGGGAUCUGGCUCGCGAGAUAGUCUCUCGACGCAACCAUCCGCACCUUAUGUGAAGACGACGACCGCCGUGAUGACGGCGAGUAGCUCCCAAUGUCAUGGUAAAGCUGACCGGCCUCCCAAGUUGAUCCGCAUUGAUCUGCUUGACCGGCCCAAGAACCGAAAAAUGGAUGAUGCACAAAUCAUGUCCCCAGAUGUGAAGCGGCGCCGUGUGUCUCACUCAACCGGAUUGAAACCGCCAUCCGCCAGUCAGCGAGAUCUGAGUCCCGAAUCGCCAUUCCCCGGGACUCCUUAUGCGACUGGGACAAGUGCUCAUCCCAGUCGCAGGAUGGCUUCCUUGAUACAAAGCCCGCCGUUUCAAAAUAUGCCAGAACCAGCGCAGCCUCCCCUUCCUCCCCCGCCACCCUCCGUAACGACGCAAGGACAUUUGCAAGUCCAGACUCAGCCAGUCCUGGACCCGAGUCUCAAGCUCCCACCGCUGAAGACCGCCCUUCCCUCCACGCCAAUGACACCGUAUCCCACCGGGGACUCGAGCGUCGAGAAGGCAGUGAUGACGAUUCCAUUCUUGAAUAAGAUCAAGCUUCUAGCGAAGAUCUCCCCUCCGCUGGUCCCCUCCUUUCGAGAGAGUCCAUCACGGGGGCCCGUCAUUGCAGUCGAUGGCCAAGACGCGGAUCUGGUCCGCAGUGCCACGGAGUACCUUCAACGUCUCCUGGAGAAGGAGGACAAGUUCUGUGCGCGCAUCUUUCAUGGGCCGGACCUGCCAGCACCCCGGACAGCUGAAAAUGGAGGGGGACCAAUGGGUGACGCGACAGUCGACUACUUGAACACCAUUUCCGCGUGGCACCGCAUCUCGGACGAGGUUGUCGGAUUUGUCAGGAGCAAUUCGCAGACCGUGGGAGGAACCGAGUCGGACACGCUGCACAACCCUCGCGUCUACUCCGAGAAAAGUCCCAAAACGCAAAUUGUCUCAAUCAUCCAGCACGACCGUCACAGUCCGGAUCCUUCCCCAUCCCCGCGGACGAUCAUUCCCAGAACUGCCUCCCUCCAGAUAGAUUCUCCCGAAUCUUCUGCUGCCGACUCGCAAUCCCCCAGCACGUCGCCUAGCACAACAGCAUCUGUUCUAGCCAACGACCGCCGCGAGUCGAACCAGAAUCAAGUCCCAAUUCACACUCAAACCGUUGUGCCGGGUCUGACUCCGUCGCUCACGCCAACACCCACUCCAACCCCAUCAUCCUCGGUAUCAUCAUUGUCGUCAUCCCGCCUCCCCGUCGCCUUGGUCCCUCGCUACCAACUCACCACCGCAGAUACGUUCGCCUGCAGUGUUCCCAUCAAUGAUUCCUAUGCCCCGCUUGACCACUGGCAGUGGAUGGCGAGUCUCUGGCGAGCUUGUGUAGGGCCGGAUAUCACGGUGUAUGUGCGGGAGUGUUCGCGUGAGGAACUCGAGCGGGCUGGUGCCGUGGAGAUUCGACUCGCGGAUGCCGGAACGGUGACUUUGAGAAAAGUGGCGGGGGCGCCUGGACUCGAGGAGAAGGCCUUGAAGAGAAUGGGAUUCGAAAUUGAGGAUUUUUUGACUCAGUGA